AUGCUGCUCAGAGGACUGCGAGCCUGUGCUGAACGUGCCUCGAAGCCACGCACGACAAACUUGGAUCGAAUUUCGAAGACCACCAAGGAAUUGUUGGAAAGAAGAAGGGCUUUGAGGCUUGAUCCGAAUGCAUCGCACAUUGAGCGGUUAGUAGCAAACUCUAGCUGCAGAAAAGCGUUGCAGGAGGAUCUUUUGAAGCACAGGCAGAAGAAGAUUCUGGAAGCAGCACAAAGAAGAACGAGUCUAAAGAGGCGCCACAGGGAUCUCCGCAAAUAUAAUAUUCCGCUAGCAACCUUGCUGAGCGAAGACGGGACUCGCACGUCUUCUCGUCGUGAGAUGGAAAUCAUUACGGAGAGGUUCUACUCAAACCUUUUCCUUUCAUCAACUCCUGUGUCAAGCUCGAUCAUCCCCACUGAUGAAGCUCCACCACGGAUUCUCCCUUCGGAAGUACGGGUCGCUAUCAAGAGCAUGAAACCUGGCGCAGCACCCGGACCUGAUUUUAUAUCAGCAGACUUUCUUCGGGCUGGCGGCUAUCCGCUUCAUGUAACCUUAGCAGCGCACAUGACAUCCUACCUUCAGAAAGAAAGGAUCCCAGACCAGUGGAAGAUCUCGUGA